GACGUCAGAGUGAAGAGCGGAAGGUCAGGCAAGCUGAGAGCGGAAGUGAGACCGGGAGCCUGUCCGCCAUUGUGGGCCCAAGAAGCGGAGCGCCAGAGGGGAAGCGAGCGUGCAAGCGGAGAGGACGGGCCCUUGCCGCUGACUCCCGAGCGCGAGGCCGUCCUUGUGAUUUCUCUGCUAGCAGCUGCAGCGGCGGCGGCUGGAACAAUCACUCGCCGAGGGCGGCAGCCAACUGCUAGACCUAAAGGGCAAGGAAAUAAAGUUUCAGUACAAAACGGUUCGAUUCAUCAAAAAGAUGCUGUAAAUGAUGAUGAUUUUGAGCCAUACUUAAGUAGCCAGACAAAUCAGAGUAACAGCUAUCCACCAAUGUCAGAUCCAUAUAUGCCUAGUUACUAUGCUCCAUCCAUUGGAUUUCCAUAUUCUCUUGGGGAAGCAGCAUGGUCCACGGCUGGAGACCAGCCUAUGCCAUAUCUGACAACCUAUGGACAAAUGAGUAAUGGAGAACAUCAUUAUAUACCAGAUGGUGUUUUUAGUCAACCUGGAGCAUUAGGGAACACCCCUCCAUUUCUUGGUCAACAUGGAUUUAACUUUUUUCCUGGUAAUGCUGAUUUCUCUACAUGGGGGACAAGUGGAUCUCAGGGACAAUCAACACAAAGUUCUGCUUAUAGUAGCAGUUAUGGCUAUCCACCUAGUUCUCUUGGGAGAGCUAUUACUGAUGGACAGGCUGGAUUUGGCAACGAUACUUUGAGUAAGGUGCCUGGCAUUAGCAGUAUUGAGCAAGGCAUGACUGGACUGAAAAUUGGUGGUGACCUGACAGCUGCAGUAACAAAAACUGUAGGUACAGCCUUGAGCAGCAGUGGUAUGACUAGCAUUGCAACCAAUAAUGUGCCCCCAGUUAGUAGUGCAGCACCUAAACCAACCUCCUGGGCAGCCAUUGCGAGAAAGCCUGCCAAACCUCAACCGAAACUUAAACCCAAGGGCAAUGUGGGCAUUGGGGGAUCUGCUGUGCCACCACCUCCUAUAAAACACAACAUGAAUAUUGGAACUUGGGAUGAAAAGGGGUCAGUGGUAAAGGCUCCACCAACCCAACCAGUUCUGCCUCCUCAAACUAUAAUCCAGCAGCCUCAGCCAUUAAUUCAACCACCACCAUUGGUGCAAAGCCAACUGCCUCAACAGCAGCCUCAGCCACCACAGCCGCAGCAGCAACAAGGACCUCAGCCACAGGCUCAGCCUCACCAAGUGCAGCCUCAACAGCAGCAGCUGCAGAAUCGUUGGGUAGCUCCUCGGAACAGGGGAGCAGGCUUCAACCAGAACAAUGGAGCUGUCGGCGAAAACUUUGGUUUAGGUGUUGUACCUGUUAGUGCUUCACCUUCUAGUAUAGAAGUGCAUCCAGUGCUGGAGAAGUUAAAGGCCAUAAACAACUAUAAUCCCAAAGACUUUGAUUGGAACCUGAAGAAUGGGCGUGUGUUUAUAAUUAAAAGCUACUCUGAAGAUGACAUACAUCGUUCCAUCAAGUACUCUAUCUGGUGUAGUACUGAGCAUGGUAAUAAGCGUUUGGAUGCAGCUUACCGUUCCUUGAAUGGGAAAGGCCCACUGUAUUUACUGUUCAGUGUGAAUGGCAGUGGACACUUUUGCGGAGUGGCUGAAAUGAAAUCUGUUGUGGACUAUAAUGCAUAUGCUGGUGUCUGGUCUCAGGAUAAGUGGAAGGGCAAAUUUGAAGUUAAAUGGAUCUUUGUCAAAGAUGUUCCCAAUAACCAGUUACGGCACAUUCGUUUAGAAAAUAAUGACAACAAACCAGUAACCAAUUCAAGGGACACUCAAGAGGUACCCCUAGAAAAAGCUAAGCAAGUGCUUAAAAUAAUUGCUACUUUCAAGCAUACCACCUCAAUCUUUGAUGACUUUGCACAUUAUGAAAAGCGUCAAGAAGAGGAGGAAGCCAUGCGUAGGGCAAGUACUGUCCUAGUGAGCUAUAUCAUUGGCCCCUUGUUACAACUGUCUUAAAGGUGAAGUAAAAUCUUUCAAAACAAAGUGACACAUAAUGUCCAAAUUAAUUAUGAUGAGUGAUGCUAUUUUAUUGAACUAAAUCACGGCCAACACAUAAAUUUAGUUCUCUAAACUGUAUUCUUGUUUAUAUUGAGCCACCUAUACUAACGUGUUCUCCAUUAUUUUCUUUUUGAAAUUAUUACUUUUUUCUUAUAGCACACUUUUUUAGUUUAUCUGAUCUUUGACACAAAAGAACAAUUUCUGUAGUAGUGGACUGCAUCUGCUUUUUUUUCCCCUCAAACUUGAAAUGCUACUUUACAUUAUAAAUAGAAGACACUGUAACUUUAAAGAACAAUUCUGUAUUACAAUUCAGAAAGUAAUAUAAUAAUGCAGGGGAAUGGUAGAGCCUUAUUAAAAUAGAAGAUAAAUUUCAGAGAUGUGAAGAGUUGAUUUCCAGAAACAGAAGCUCUCUGCUGCCAAAGAUUAUUAUUUCCUCUAAUGAUUAUAUAGUUUUGAAUUUGUUUUCACAAUUCACAAUUGCUGUUUCCUUUAUGUUCUUUGUCUUUUGCUUUCUUAAUGCAAAAGGAGCUAUAGAGUUGCCAGGACAGAACAUGCCACAGACUCACCUUUGUGUUUAGCACUUUAUGGUUCUGGAUACACUGAAACAUUUGAGCAGCUUGGAUUCCUAUCCAUCUAUUACCCCCAGUUUUACUCUUUGGCAUGAAUUUUCCAGCUCUGUCAGCCAUCUAUGAAGAUUUUACUCUAUAAGUCAUCAGUUGUCAUGAAGAAUUGAAUCUACUAGAUGUCUGAACUUCAGGCAUGGUUUAUUCGUAAAUAGUCUUAAACCUACACUCUCGUAUUUUUUUAAAUGAAAAAUGUAGUCUGAUGUAGUCAUUGAUUUUAACUUUAGUGUAGAAUUUAAAACUUUUCAAACAAAGUGAACAGGGAUCACUAAAAUAUUACCCUGUAAAACAGUUUGUUCGGUACUUAUGAGUAGCUAAGAGAUUUUGGAAACGAAUGUCACAGCAGUUACGUGUCUUUCAUUUUUAAUUGAUUACUAAUGACAUAAAUUUUGAUUUUAUAUAUCCUAUGCUGGGCUUUCACUUGAAAUCUUCAGCCUCCCAAAUGCUCGGAUUACAGAUUGAGGUUAUUGUACUUGGUCUUGUUUGCUCCUUUUGUUCUUCAAGAAUACUCAUUUUGUAUUGAAUCCAUCCAUUAAAUUCUCUUAUUUUUUCUGUUUUCAGUUUCUUCAUAUUUUAUUUCUCAGAGAUUUAAUGCUCUGCCCCACAAGUGAAACAGUGACCAUUUGCCCCUUAAAUUUGUCUUCUAAAUUUUUCAAUCUGAAAAUGGGGUUGCUAAGCGACAAAAGGGUUUUUUUUUGACACACUCAGUGGUCACAUCUUCCUUCAGUAAUUGUGUUCUCUGUACUUACCUUCAUUUUCUUCCUGGAUGCUGUGGCUUCUUAGACACAGAUGACUAAAAGCAAAAGAUACCAUUUCCCCGUGAUAGUGAAGACAAGAUGCAGCCUCUUAUGUUGUUGAAGUCUGUUUGUUGGCUAGAAAUAGCUUGAGAGAUGGGAAAUCUUAGCUUUUAUCUGUCAAAAAGAUACUAAUUGGCAGUUAAUCCUCCUGGUUACAUUUCUAUAGCCCAAGUUCUUUUUUUGGUACGGGGAAUUGAACUCACAACCUUGGGCUUUGCCAGGCAGGUGCUUACACCACUGAGUUAAAUCCCUGGCAUCUGUGGCCCAGAUUCUGGUCUUGGCAUAGAACCUUUUUUAGUCUCUGGUGUGUUUACUUAGUUUGAAGUGGGAAAGAAAGUAUACUGACCCGCUUUUUCUUCAAAAAGACUCAGUAUCCCUCAAAUCUGACCCUUAUAAAAAGGCCUGAUCGAGGCAUAGUACUAUUAGUGGGACAGUGUUGAGGGGAGAUUUAAAGUGCUCACUUUUGUCCCUUUUAGAUUUGUUGGUAUUAAUAGUACUUUUACUCUCAUGAUUCUGUUUCUACUUUCUGUUUUAGAAAUCAGUUAUUCAGAGAAAUUUUUGUUAUCUGCCUUUGGUUACACGUACAUGGACUUGACUUGUUCUCUUUCAUGCUGUUUUGUUCUUUCCCGCUGCAGUCAUCUUCCUUCCUUCCUUUCUCCCUCCUUUUCUCCUUCUCUCUUUCCUUUCUUUUUGUUUUCUUCCUUUCUUCCUUCCUUUUUGAGACAGUGAAUUCAGACUGACCUUGAUCUGACUCUGGUAUCUUAGCUUUCCUCAGACACAUGGCUAUUGAUAGUCUUUUUCUCUGGUGGCACUGAGAGUUGAACCCAGGGCUUUCACACUGAGCUGCAUCCUCAGCCCCCUUUAAACUUUAUUUAGUUAAAUUUUGAGACAGAGUCUCCCUUAAGUUGCCCAGGCUCAGCUUAAACUUGCAGUUUUCCUGCUUCUACCUUUCAGUGUGCAGAAUUAGAGGUAUGUGUGCUACCAUGCUUAACCUGUUGGUCAUUUCUUAAUGCAUUGUAUUAUUGAUGAACUCCUUGCUCACUAGGUGUCUUGGUUACUGUGCUCUCACUGCUGGGAGAAAAUACCCAAUACGCAAAGUGAAGAAGGAAAGAUUUAUUUAGCUCACCAUGGGAGGUUUCAGUCCAUAGUCAGUGGGUUCCAAGGUGGGAUGACAUGGCACCGGGGAAGCACUUAGAGGCAGCAGCCAGAACAAAAAAGGGGAAGAGCAGGCCUCCUUUCCUCCCUUGUAUUGAUGCAUCCAGCCCCCCCUGCCCCUUCAGGAUGGGUAUAGCAUUCACACCAUCUCUGUGCCUUCUUGCACAGGACAUUUACAAAGAACCCUGGCUCCCUCUCUCUUUUAAACUUCUAAACUUCUGAAGUUGACAGAGUGUAUCAACCGUAACACUUAAGUUUUUUUAAAUUUCUGUUUUUAAUUUCUUGUGUGAAGAAAUGUUUUUUGGUCUAUUUUCAUUCUGAAAUGGAUGUCAGAAAAUGAGGUCAGUAUGAAACUGAUUCUUUGGCUUUUGUUACCUAGUAGAAUGUAUAUUCCAGAUUUUCUCAGUGUUCUGGCUUAUUUACAUUUAGCUUUUUUCUGGUGACUUGCUUUAUCACUUACUAGGAGAAACAUGAUAAAUUCACCUAGUAUGAACAUUUUAGCUAUAAUUUCUGACACUUUCUAGUAUAACAUUUUUAGUUUAAUACUGUUUUUCAAAACUUAUUUAAUGUGUAAUAACCAUUUUUAUCACUGAGUUGUUUUCUUUUUUCUUUUUUGGGCUUUUGGACUAUUUUGUCUGGUAUUAACAUAGUUGAAUGGGUAUUCAUUUGAUUUGUGCUACGUCCGCGUUAAUUUUAAGUUUUCCAUAUUUGUGUCACUUAGGUUUACUCCUUUUAGAUCAUACACGAUUUUAAAACAAGGAGUUGAUACUUUAUGUUUUUGUGGAAGCACCUGGGUUUAUUGUGACAUGUUGGAAAUGUGUAAAUCAGUGUAAAUUGCUCAUUUUUACACACUGAUUUGUGCUUGUCCUUUCUCUUUAAAUUAGUGGGUUUUUUCUUUCUCUUUCUUUUUGGAGUUUUUACUAUCCUUUUCUGUUCAUCGAAUUGAAAGUUACACAUAGUUUAUGUUAUAUUCGUAGUCUGUAUAUCAUAGUGAUUUUAGAACAAUGAACAGUUCAUUAAAGUUCAAACUGAACUGAGCUGGAAUUUUCCAUUUAAAUAACCUAUGAUCCUCAUUAUUAUAACUGAUCAUAUAUUUCCCACACACGUUAAGCCUCUUUAUCUGAUAAACUCGUCCUUAGGUAGUAACCCCUUCCCCCGCUUUUAUAGUUUGUAUGGCUCUUUUUGCAAUAAACGAAUUUUGUUUUUUCUAGUAUCAUCAGUCAUGAGAAAAAAUGAGCAGUAGGCUCCUGCCUGUUUGUUUCGUAUAUGUGUUAUAUUUAUAUCAUGUAUCAAAAUUAAACAUGCUUCUAAAUUUCUUACACAAACCUGUUUCCUUCAGGUGAGUACUAAACGUUCUUAAUGUUUGAGCUGGUUUGUAAAUAAUUUAGGGUUUUCAUAAAACUAGACUGUAGCUUUGUGGUAUUGUAUCCCUGAUUUGUCCUUUUUCCCUUGUGCUAAUACUGUUAAACUUUGUGUUUAUCGUAUUGAAAUUGAUUAAUUUUGUUAGCUUUGUGUUUUGAUUUCAGCUUCUCAUUGAUAUUUAUGAAUAAAAUAAGUAAUAGUUAUCAUGUAAAAGAAAUUUAUGUCAUUAGCUUUCAGUAAUAAAUACUGCUAUUCAAUUCCAGAAGAUAUUUAAAGGAAGAGUGUACUUUAGUAAUAAAAAACUUGAAUUUCUACUUGGAAUUUCAAAUGCAGUUUUCUGAUGUCCCAGAGGAUAGGAAAACAAAUUAGACCAUUUGGAAAGAACUUACAUUAGUAUGUGUUACAGAAUGUGUAUUUACUUCUGGGAAAGCAAGAUGAGAGUAGCAAAAACAAGAGGAAAGAAUGUUAUACUAUGUUAAUGUUAAGCACUAGUACCUUUCAAAAUUAGUCCCAGAGUCACUGCAGGCUUACCUUUAAACUUGGUAGAAAUGUAAACUUAAGAUUUCAUUUCUGUUCUGUGAGACCUAACCAUGAUGUUUGGAUAAGCCAUGCAAGUGAUUCUCACAUUUUUUUCAAGUUGGGAGCCACUGAAUUACACAUCAGAUGGUGCAGGGGAUAUACCGUACUCAAUUAAUAGUCAUGGAUGGUUGUAGUCUAUGUCAAAGAAAAGAAUAUUUGAUUUAAUUAUAAACAAUACUACCCAGUUUAACUUAGGCGGUUUCUGCUUUCUUAGCCAAAGGAGUCUAUAUAUCUCUCAGUUAUCACAUAAGACUAGCAGUGAACUGAAUCUUAACAUACUUCUUGGUGUGAAAAGUUAUAGUGUGGUGAAUGGGGGAAUGAGAGGUGGAAGAAAAUUCUUGAAUCAGAGUUAUUUCUAAAUUCAUGUUGAAGUCUUAAUUUAAUGUACCUUUAAUGUAAUGUAAUGUAAUUUUGUCUUCCUACCUGUGCCUCAGCCAAAUAGCUUUCACAUUGCUAUACCUCAUCGUUAAAAAUUCAUUGGAAGGACUCGUAUUAUUACAGUUUUCUAACUUUAAAUAAAUCGUGGGACAGUGAGGUUGUAGAAACCACCUAAGUUACUGAAAGAGGUCUUUCUGUUGGGUUUUUUAAAAAACAUUUUGUGCUAAUCAUCCCACGAUGACAUAGAUAAUGGUAAAAUGUUUUGAACUAUUAUUUGAAGAGCUUUAUGUGAAGAUGCUUUACAUGAGCUUAUAGUUUAAGUAUUAAGUUGUCUGUAUUUUUU